UGGUCUACCAUGUUAUGUGCAAAAUGGGGGCGGUCCAAUCACGGGACAUGGUGUCAAGUAAGAGUGGCACAGCAGCAGUCAUAGAGCUAAGUUUACCACAAGCAAAGACUCACUCUGGACCGUCUCGGAGAGGUUUUUCCUAACAACUUUUUGUUUUCUUUAAGGCCGUAAAAGAACAAAGGACCCAUGAUGCAAUCUUGUGCAAGGUGUGGGUUUGUGGUGUACCCAGCGGAGAAGAUCAACUGCAUUGACCAGAACUGGCACAAAGCAUGUUUUCACUGCGACAUCUGCAAGAUGGUGCUGACAGCCAACAACUUUGUCAGCCACAAGAAGAGGCCAUACUGCUCAGUACACAACCCAAGGAACAACACCUUCACCAGCGUGUACCAGACGCCCGUCAACAUCAACGCCAAAAAGCAAAGCAAUGCCAGCAGCGAGCUGAAGUACCGUGAAGAAGGCGACCGUUUUAUGUCCACGUUCCACCAUGACAUGCGGUCCAUGGAGCUGGAGAAAGCUCGCUUGGCCAAUCAGACCUUCAAAUCUCAGUCUGAGUUCUCCCAGCAGCAGUCGUGGUACACCAACCAGGAGAUAGUGACUAUGUCCCAGUCCCAGAACACUCUCAGUGAUGUAAAGUACACAGAGGAGUACGAGCAGUCUAAAGGCAAAGGCAGCUUCCCCGCCAUGAUCACACCAGGAUACCAGGCCGUGAAAAACGCUAACACGCUGGCAAGCAACCUUGAAUAUAAAAAAGGACACGAGGAGAGAGUUUCAAAGUACACCGCCUUUGUCGACCCUCCGGAGGUGAUCUUGGCCAAGAAACAAGGACAGAUUGUCAGCGAUUAUGCCUACACAGAGGAGUACGAGCAACAAAGAGGCAAAGGCAGCUUCCCUGCACAUCUCACGCCAGGGUACAAGUUGUCAAAAAAGGCCUCAGAACAGGCUAGCAAUAUAAAGUACCGUCAUGUGUACGAGCAGGAGAUUAAGGGAAAAGCCAGUGCAGACGCGGCGGCGGCUGAUGUGCUCCACGCCAGAGAGAACGCAGAAAACCUCAGCCAGAUUGCCUACACAGAAGCGUACGAGCGGCAGCGAGGCAAAGGAAGUUUCCCUGCGAUGAUAACCCCCGGUUACUAUCUGGCAAAGAAGGCUCAGGAAAACGCCAGUGACCUGAAAUACAGAAAAGAUCUAAAUAAGAUGAAGGGAUCAUCUCAUUACCACAGUCUGACUUCCGAGGACAACUUGGCUCUGAAGAACGCUCGGAAAAUCAACAAGAUGGUCAGCGAGGUGGAGUAUAAGAAGGACUUGGAGAACAGCAGAGGUCACAGCAUCAAUUUCUGCGAGACGCCACAGUUCCAGAAUGCUGCCAAAGUGGCCAAAUUCACAAGUGACAACAAAUACAGAGAGAAGUACACCAGCGACAGGGGUCACUGUGAAGACUCUGUAAUGGAUAAAAAGACUGUGCACGCCAUUAAAGCCAGAAAGCUGGCUAGCGAUAUCACGUAUAGACAAGGUCACGACCAAGAUCAAGGUGAAUACACCUACCAGGCCACGCUAACACCAGGCUACCGCAGUCAAAGGAAGCUGGACCCGUUAAAAGACAAGAUUUACAGGCAGCACAUUGACCAAGUCAAGUACAGCGCGGUGACGGACACACCACAGAUCCUCCUGGCGAGGAAAAACGCUCAACUCAUCAGCAAUCUAAAUUACAAAGCGGACUAUGAGAAUACCAAGCACCUGUACACACUCUCCCAAGACUUGCCCCAGAUCAAAAAAGCCAAAGACAAUGCCGCUUUGUGCAGUGACAUUAGAUAUAAAGAGGAGUGGGAGAAGACCAAAUCCAAAUCCUGCGACAUUGGCGUGGACGACCUUCGCGUCAAAGCAGCAAAGGCUUCCAGAGACCUUGCCAGUGAUCUAAAAUACAAAGAAAACUAUCUGAAGAACAAGGAAAUAGCCGCGGGGGUCAACGUGAGCGACUCAAAGACUCUGCAUUCGCUUCAAGUGGCCAAGAUGUACAGCGACAUUGCGUACAAGAAGAGCUCCAAGGAGAACCAAGCCCGGUACAGCUUGCCUAUGGACAUGGUCAACCUGAGUCACGCUAAAAAGGCCCAAGCGCUGGCUAGCGACCUGGAAUAUCGCACCAGGCUCCACGACUACACCGUCAUGGCCGAUGACAUCAAGGUCCAGCAGGCCAAGAAGGCAUACUCUCUGCAAAGCGAGAACCAGUACCGCACUGACCUGAACUGGAUGAAGGGAGUGGGCUGGGAGGCCGACGGGUGCCUUGACAUCACCCAAGCCAAGAAAGCCGGCGAUCUGCUAAGCGAUACUAAAUACCGCCAGAAAGCGGACAGCAUCAAGUUCACUCAAGUGGCAGACAACCUCUCCAUCAAACAUGCCAAGAAAAGCCAGGAACUGCAGAGCAACCUGGCGUACAAAGCAAACACUGAGCAGAUGAUGCACCAGUACACCAUGACCAAGGAUGAGCCGCUAUUCCGACAAGCAAAGGCAAACGCCGACCUUCUCAGCGGGAAAGUCUACAAAAGCCAAUGGGAGAAGCAGCGGGAAAAGGGUUUCGACCUCCGACUGGACUCACUUUCCAUUCUAACCGCCAAAGCCAAGACAGACCUGGCCAGUGAUGUUAAAUACAAAGCGCAGUACGAGAGCAACAAAGGCAAGGUGAUCGGAAUCAAGUCCGUCAGCGACGACUCUCAGAUGGCGCACUCGGCUCUGGCCACCAAACUACAGAGUGGCCGCUACUACAAGAAGAACUAUGAGGACACCAAGACUCAAUUCAAUGUCUCUCUGGAUAUGUUGAAUAUCAGCCAUGCCAAGAAGGCCCAGGACCUGGCAACAGACAUCAACUACAGAACGUUCCUCCACAAGUACACGACCCUGCCGAUGGACUUGAACAUCACCUGGGCAAAGAAGGCCUACGGACUCCAGAGUGAUAAACUGUACCGAUCAGAUCUUAACUGGAUGAAGGGCGCCGGCUGGGAGGCCUCAAAAUCUUUGGAUGUCCAGCAGGCCAAAAAAGCCGGAGAUCUCUUCAGCGAGAAAAAGUACCGUCAGGAUGUGAGCGCCUUGAGGUUUACGAGUGUUGAAGACACCCCAGAGAUGGUUCAGGCCAAACUCAGCAACAAACUGGCCAUUGAUAGGUUGUAUAGGGAGGAGGGAGAACACAUGAAGCACAAGUACACGCUCAACGAGGAGCUGCCAGAGGUUGUGCAGGCCAAGAUCAACGCUAUGAACAUCAGCGAGAGCCGUUACAAGGAAUCUUGGACUCGGUUACGCGACGGCGGAUACAAACUACGCCUGGAUGCUAUUCCGUUCCAGUCCGCCAAAGCGUCCGCCGACAUCCUCAGCGAUCAAAAAUACAAAGAGCAGUUUGAGAAGACCAAAGGGAAGAUGAUCGGUCUCAGGGGGCCACAGGACGACUUGAACAUGGCUCACUCUGUUUACGCCAACAAGCUACAAAGCGACAUUAAGUACAAGAAGGAGUCAGUCAAAGAGCUCUCCAAAUUCCACCUUCCCAUGGACAUGAUGGAGGUGGCCCAUGCCAAGAAGGCCCAGUCUCUGGUCAGCGAUCAGGACUACAGGCUCACCUUGCAUCAGUACACGUCCCUGGCUGAUGACAUGAAGGUCCAGGCAGCUAAGAAAGCAUACGCGCUGCAGAGCGAGAGGCUAUAUCGCUCUGACCUCAACUACCUGCGGGGUGCCGCAUGGAUCGCUACCGGGGCCCUGCAAAUCGAAGGCUCAAGAAAGGCCACCGACCUCAUCAGUGAUAAAAAAUAUCGCCAGCAGCCAUACAACUUCAAGCACACCUCUGUCGCAGACUCCCCUGACAUCAUCCACGCAAAACUCAGUGGACUCAUCACUAAUGAGCGUUUGUACAAAGAGAAAGGGGUGAACGACCGGCACAACUACACCAUUACGGCGGACAGACCGGAGCUCACUCAAGCCAAGAUCAACGCGGCCAACUUUAGCGAGAUUAAGUACCGAGAGUCCUGGCACACUCUGAGGGCGCAGGGAUACAAGCUCACCAUGCAGGACAUCCCGUUCCAGGCUGCCAAGACGUCCACAGGCAUCGCCAGUGACUACAUGUACAAACACAACCACGUGAUGGACAAAGGGAAGCACAUCGGCUCCCAAAGCGUUUCGGACGACACGUACCUGCUGCACUACCUGCAGGCGGGCCGGUUGGCCAGCAAUCAGGAGUACCGGAAGGAUGCUCUGACGACCAGCGGCCGCUACCACCUGACCCCGGAUAUGGUCCACCUCGUCACGGCUAAGAACUCUCAGGCCCUGGCCAGCGAUCAGGACUACAGAACAAGGCUGCACGCGUACACUGUGCUUCCGGAUGACAUGAAGGUCAAGUGGGCCAAAAAGGCCUACGACCUGCAGAGCGAGAAACGCUACAAGUCGGACCUGAACUUCAUGAAGGGCGUGGCCUGGGAUGGAGUGGGUGCACCUCAGCUGGAGUCGGCCAAGAGGGCUGGGGAGCUCAUUAGUGAUAAGAGGUAUCGCCAGCUGCCCGACAGCCUGAAGUUCACCUCGGUGACCGACUCCCCCGAUAUGGUCCACGCUAAGACGAGCUACCAGCAGUGCAAUGAGAGGUUGUACAAGUCGGGGAGGAAUGAUGACAUGAACAAGUACACUUUACACCCGGACGAUCCAGACUUCGUCCGAGCCAGGAUGAACGCCCAGCACAUAAGCGAUAAAGUGUACAAGGCGUCUGGGGAGCACGUGAAGACGCUGGGCUACGACUUGAGGUUGGAUGCCAUCCCCUUCCAAACAGCAAAGGCCUCCAGAGACAUUGCAAGCGAUGUGCAAUAUAAGGAGUCUCACCUGAGGGAGAAGGGCCAGCAAGUGGGUCUGCGCUGUGUGGAGGACGACCCCAAAAUGGUGCACUCUCUGGCGGCCAGUAAGCUCCAGAGCAACCUGGAGUACAAGCGGCAGUCCAAGGAGGAGCACUCCAAGUACAAAAUCCACGCCAACCAGCCCGAGUUCCUUCUGGCCAGGAAGAGCCAGGAGCAGGCCAGCGACCUGUCCUACCGCCACAAGCUCCACGACUACACCUGUGACCCCGAGCAGCUCAACGUCAAACACGCCAAGCAGGCCUACAAGCUGCAGAGCGACGUUAACUACAAGUCGGACCUGAACAGGCUCAGGGGAACGGGCUGGACCCCUCCUGGUUCCCACAAGGCUGAGCUGGCCCGGCGGGCAGCCGAGCUGGGCCUGGCUGAGGGAGUGAGUGCCGAUGAGGCCAUCGCCAAGUACCAGCACAUGUUGAUGAUGGUGCACUACCAGCAGCACCAGUUGCAGCAGCAACAGCAGCAGCAACAGCAUCAACAGCAACAACAGACGUCAGAGCAGGUGGAGACCAGCGAGGAGAUCCACCGAGGCGUCAACAUGGACGCCACUGAGGUCCUUCAGAAGAAGAAGACCUACCAGACUGUGCAGAAAAAGACCACCACUACCACCUUCAAAUCUAUGGAGACUAAAUCUUCCAGCAGCAACAGCAGCACAGUGAAGACGUCCAGUAACGCUAACGCCAUAAAAGACGCAUAGGGCAGGAGAACUUUGUGUGAAGAAGGAUGUUUACAUGAGUAAAGAUUGAGGCGAGAUUGAUCAUCAAUGAAGGAAUCAAGAAUGAGCAAAAAAUUUCCUUUUUAUAGCUUAUCAAUAGAAAUGAGGCAGCAGUAGGUUACUUCUUACUAUACUUUUUUUUAAAUUUCAAACUCUUAACAAAAAUACAACUUUUGUGAUUAUUUAUGAUAGUACAAAAAACAAUCUUGAAAGGAAAGGAAAAAAAAUGUAUUCGAAAGUAACUCCCUUUAAAAAAAACAGUAACAGUAAAUUAAAUUUAUUGGAUAACUAAUGUUUUAAAUUAUAUAUUUUUAAAUAUAUUCAUAUGAAACAAAUAUAACAUUAAAAAGAUAUAAAAAAUAAUAAUUUACUAGUAAAUUAUUGUAAUGCUUUAUAGUAGGGGUGUGAAAAAAAUCGAUUAAAAUUUGAAUCGCGAUUCUCACGUUGUGCGAUUCAGAAUCGAUUCUCAUUUUUAAAAAAUCUUUUUUUUUUUUUAAUCAAUCCAACAAAACAAUACACAGCAAUACCAUAACAAUCCAAUCCAAUUCCAAAACCAAACCUGACCCAGCAACACUCAGAACUGCAAUAAACAGAGCAAUUGAGAGGAGACACAAACACGACACAGAACAAACCAAAAGUAGUGAAACAAAAAUGAAUAUUAUCAACAACAGUAUCAAUAUUAGUUAUAAUUUCAGCAUAGCAGUGAUUAAAAAUCCCUCAUUGGCAUUAUCAUUAGACAUUUGUAAAAAAAAAAAAAAAAGAACAAUAGUGUCACAGUGGCCUAAACUUGCAUCGCAUCUCAUAAGCUUGACAACACACUGUGUCCAAUGUUUUCACAAAGAUAAAAUAAGUCAUAUUUUUGGUUUGUUUAAUAGUUAAAACUAAUUUACAUUAUUGCAAUCAGUUGAUAAAACAUUGUCCCUUACAAUUAUAAAAGUUUUUUACAAAAAUCUACUCUGCUUGCAUGUCAGCAGACGGGUAGAUCCUGCUGAAAUCCUAUGUAUUGAAUGAAUAGUGAAUCCUUUUAAAUCGGGAAAAAAUUAUUUUUGAAUCGAGAAUCGUGUUGAAUUGAAAAAAAUAAAAAUCGAUUUUGAAUCGAAUCGUGACCCCAAGAACCGAUAUUGAAUUGAAUCGUGGGACACCCAAAGAUUCGCAGCCCUACUUUAUAGUAAUGAAAUAUUUAGUAAAAGUAAAUAUUUUUUACAUAACUUUAAAUAAAUAGUUUGGAUAACAUUAUUUUAAUUAAAUAUAACGAGUCCCUCCUGACCCCCUAAAAAUGUUGGCAUAUUUUAGCUUUAAUUUCCGCCCCCAGGAAAGGUCGAUCGGAACACAGUCUGCAGCCUGAAAAGUCAGACAGCCACUCUUAAGUGAAUUACUUCUCUGUAUUGUAUGUAAAACAGAAAAAAUAAAAAUAUGUAUUAAAACGAGCUUUUUACGACACAGUGUCAUUUUUUUGGUAGCUGUCCUACUGACUGCUAAUACAAAAUGGCCACUGUGUUGACUUGAAAAGCUUCAUAGCGGGAAAAUGGAAUCGAUCGGAACGUUAAGUAAUAUAAAUCAAAUUUGCAGGCGACCAGUCGAGGGUGUACUGGCCUCUAAACCGAAGUCAGCUGGGGUAGGCUACAGCGUACCUAUCACACUAGUGAGGAUAAGCAGUAUAGAAGAUGGAUGCAUGGAUGGAUUUUAAUCAUACGAGAGAGAGAGAGAGAGAGAGAGAGAAAGAGAAUAAAGUUAAGUUGGCAUUAUGGAUUUUGUGUUAUUCAGAACUGGAUCGAAUAUGAAGGAUUUUUUUUUUCAAAUUCAUAUAGUUGCAAUAAUGUCCAUGUUUUCUUAGCAGGCUUUGAUGAUGUCAUCAACUCUUUAGUCUGGCAGGUUCAGCUUUGGGAGUUUGAGACGCUAAAACUCAAAGCUGGGCUAAGAGUAAACCCUGGAUCUUGCUGCUGCAAUAAAUGUUUUCUUCCAAAUGUA